AUGAAAGAUCAGCUUGAUCCAAGAUUCGAUGAUCUUCGACCCGCUGAAUCAUCCUCAAGUUCAGCAAUCUCACUAGGCGGUGGCCGCAUGGAGAAGAGAAACUCCAUCACAUCUGUGGAAUCAGGUGCCAUGACAAACGAUAGCACUUCUGUCGAGAGUAAUGGUCCCAUUGUAGUGCCUCACAUGGGCCUCGUCAGUAGUUGUAAUAUGAUUGUGGGCCUCAUCAUUGGUAGUGGUAUCUUUGCCUCACCUGGUCCUGUUACAUUGAAGGUAGGUGCUGUAGGCUCUUCCUUGGUUGUUUGGGCUGUGGGUGGUAUUCUCAGUAUGAUCGGUGCUCUCUGCUAUGCUGAAUUGGGUACAAUGAUUACAAGAUCAGGCGGUGAAUACCAAUACCUGAAAGCAUCCUACGGUCUUUGCCUGGGUUUGACCUUUAGUUGGGCUAAUCUUUUGCUCACCAACCCCAUCGGUACUGCUUCCAUCGCUACUGUGUUUGCUCAAUACAUUAUGGAAAUGGCCUACUUUAAUUCCGAGGAUCCCAAUGGCGAAAAUGUCGUCAUGCCAGAUUAUGCCAUUAAGCUUGUUUCCAUUGCUUGUAUCUGGGUUGUUGUGUUCUUUAAUGCAUUUGCCAGAAAGGCAGGUGCUAUGGUUGCCAAUGUCUUUACCGCUGCCAAGUUGCUUGCUUUGACAAUGAUUAUCAUUAUUGGUUGGGUAUGGCUUGGCAAGGGUCAUACAGAAAAUUUCCAGGACGCUUUUGCCGGUAGCUCCACAAAUGCUCUUGAUUACGGUACUGCCAUGUACAUGGCUCUCUUUUCUUAUAAUGGUUGGAACAACUUGAACUAUGGUAUCGCUGAAGUCAAAAACCCCCAGCGUACUCUGCCCCUUGCUAUUACUAUUUCCUGUAUCCUUGUCACCAUGGUGUAUGUCUUGGGUAACAUUGCUUACUUUGCAACGUUGCCCGUAGCCACUGUCGCUACUUCAUCCACUGUCGCUAUGCAACUCGGUAUGGUUGCCAUGGGUAAGGGUGGUGCUUAUUUCUUUGCUCUUAUGGUAGUCUUGUCUACGUUUGGUGCUGUCAAUGGUAAUGUGUGGGCUGCCUCUCGUCUUGUAAUGACCGCAGCCAACGAAGAUGCUGUGUUUAUGCCUCCUUUCUUUGGCAAGUUGAAUGAGAAGCGUGAAACUCCCAUCCGCGCUCUUAUUCUUGUUGGUGUUAUCGCUACUAUUUGGUGUAUUCCUGGUGAUUUCACCUAUCUUGCAAAGAUGUACAGUUUCACUGGCUGGCUCUUUUAUGGUUUUACCGUCUUUGGUUUAAUCUUGAUGCGUUUCAAAAAGAAGACCAAGGAUUUACCUAGACCCUUCAAGAUCUGGCUUCCUCUUGCUAUUUUCUUUGUCAUCAUUGAUAUUUAUCUUGUCGUUGCUCCUUUGAUCGAUGCCGGUUCUGCUGGUGUGUAUCAAUACAUUAUUUGUAUCAUUAUUGGUCUUUUGGCCAUUCCGAUCUGGUUUGUGCGUGUACGAAAGCCAGCCGUUGGUCGCCUCUUGUUUGGCUGGAUCCCUGGUUAUCAAGAGGCAUACAUUCUUGAAACUCGCCGAAAGAAAGAGGAACGCAAAAUUCGUUUAGCAGCCCUUCAAACUCAAGAGCCUCUUGAGAUGACUGAUGAAAAGACUGAAAUCUAA